AUGUCCACAGAUACAUCAAGCACACGCACCACCGAUAGCACCAGCCAACUGACCGAAUAUCGACAUGCUUACGAUGUCGUUCUGGGACAGUCUUACUCGACCUGUACUGAAGGUGAACUACAAGCAGAGGCUUGGUCUGACGAUAACAGCACAGCCACUCUAACAAGCGUCAAGCUGAGCGAAACUUCUUUGCCAAGAUAUCCGAGUACAGCCAGCGGAGAAACUUUCUUCAUGGACAUCAUUUUCGAAUUGGGACAUCUUCCUAAGAUCACGUUCAGCAACGAGGUAUCUCUCGAACAAGCAAAGCGCGCUUUCAUACUUGGCAGAAACCUUACAGCGCAGAUUCAGCCUGACCGAGUGGAUCUAAGUCUCGGUUUCGAAAGCGUUCGAUUGUUGACCAAGAUCGGUGAUUCUUUUAUGGUUCAUUGGCUUCCGCAAGAAGACAUGAAGUAUAACGGAAUCUCACCUGAUUUGUACCAUCACGUACGGGACUACAUCGAUCAUGAGCAAUCGCCAACCUUUAGCUACCCAGCUGGAAAGGCUAGAGCGGCAUUCCAGCUCUAUCAGAACAGUCUGAGGGUGUAUCAGCUCAUACAGAUUCUGUGCGUCUAUGCAAGAGCCAAGUGCAACGCGAAUCCCUUCAUAAAGUCAUCGAUGGGCUCGUCCUUCUGGUGUCAGAAGAAUAGCUUAGCGCCGAACUCGAGAUUCCGCAUUCGGCCCAAGUGUCAACUUGAUUCACCGCACUCCGAGCUUCCUUCGAGUGGUUCAAUCGAGAAAUUUGACCGCAAGUGUCCAUACAAGCACCCCUGA